ACACUGUUUGUUUUGAGGGCGUAGUUCCAACAAGUGCUGAGCAUCAUAGAUUUUUAUUAGUAAUCGUAGCUUGGCGAGGCCCGCCCUAGAAUCUCAUUUAAACUUAGUUAUUACUUUAAUUUAAAGUAUUUGCGUUAUUUAUUAAAAAAAAAAACCCGAGAAGUGGCGUUGCCCUACGCCCGAAGACAACAACUGAAAAAUGUUCCCCUCGACGAUUUUGGGGCGCAGCUACCUGCUUUUUAUGCUGGUGCUCGCCGUGGGCGUGUUCGCCCAGCACGAGUGGCAGGCCCGGGACGCCUUUGACGAGAUCAAGCGCCAGUUCGAUAAGGUCAACGCGGAUAACUGCCCCAUCCAACACCACUCAGAUCUGUUCCUGCCCACGGAUUCCAUUUCCCACAAGCCCGACAUCAAGGAGGUGAACGUAAAUCCGGUCUUCCCAAAUCGUACAGCGUUGCUGCAUCUCCAGAACAUGGCGCUCAGCAGAAGCUUCUUUUGGAGCUACAUUCUUCAGUCGCGAUUCAUCCGGCCCGCCAUCAAUGACACCUACGACCCCGGAAUGAUGUACUACUUCUUGUCCACGGUGGCCGAUGUCUCAGCCAAUCCCUCCAUCAACGCCUCGGCUAUCUACUUCUCCCCCAAUAGCUCGUAUUCUUCCUCGUACCGUGGCUUCUUUAACAAGACCUUCCCCCGUUUCGGGCCUCGAACCUUCAGGCUAGACGACUUCAACGAUCCCAUUCACCUGCAAAAGAUAUCCACGUGGAACACGUUCGAUGUUCAAGAUCUUGGAGCCCACCACCCUGACUCUAUUUCCAAGGAUUACACGCAUGACUUGUACAAAAUAAACGAGUGGUAUCGCGCCUGGCUGCCAGACAAUGUCGAAGGGCGGCACGACACAAAGAUCACAUAUCAGGUGGAAAUUCGCUACGCCAACAAUACAAAUGAAACGUAUACAUUCCACGGCCCGCCGGGUGCCGAAGAGAACCCGGGUCCCAUUAAGUUUACAAGGCCGUACUUCGAUUGUGGCAGAUCCAACAAGUGGUUGGUGUCGGCUGUGGUGCCCAUAGCAGAUAUCUACCCGCGACACACCCAGUUCCGGCACAUUGAAUAUCCCAAAUACACAGCAGUUGCCGUGCUUGAGAUGGACUUUGAACGUAUAGACAUCAACCAGUGUCCUUUGGGACAGGGUAACAAGGGGCCAAAUCACUUUGCGGACACGGCGCGCUGCAAAAAAGAGACCACAGAGUGUGAACCCCUACAUGGAUGGGGCUUCAGGCGAGGAGGCUACCAAUGUCGCUGUAAGCCCGGCUUCCGCUUGCCUCCCGUGGUGCGGCGACCCUAUCUUGGCGAGAUCGUAGAGCGCGCCUCAGCAGAGCAGUACUACAACGAGUACGACUGCCUCAAGAUUGGCUGGAUCCAAAAGCUGCCGGUUCAGUGGGAGAAGGCACCGUAUCACAUUCGCCAGAAGUACCUCGAUAGGCACCCUGAAUACAAGAACUACACCACUGGAUCUCGAGCUCUGCACUCUGAGCGGUUGAAUAUCGAUCAGGCUUUGAAGUUUAUACACAGCGUCAACUACCGUACAUGCAAGAACUUCCAUCCGCAGGAUCUGAUUCUGCGCGGCGAUGUCGGUUACGGCGCUAAGGAGCAGUUCGAGAACGAAGCCAAGAUGGCCGUGCGUCUGGCCAACUUUAUUAGCGCCUUUUUGCAGGUAUCGGAUCCCAACGAGGUCUACUCCGGCAAGCGGGUGGCCGACAAACCCCUGACCGAGGACCAAAUGAUCGGCGAAACUCUGGCCAUACUCAUGGGCGACAGCAAGGUGUGGUCGGCCUCGACGCUUUGGGAGCGCAACAAGUUUACAAACCGCACCUACUUCGGACCCUACGCCUACAAAACGGAUCUGAACACCCGAAAGUUCAAGGUGGAGGAUCUGGCGCGCAUCAACAAGACCCACGAGCUGUAUACCGAGAAGAAGUACUUUAAGUUCCUCAAGCAGCGCUGGAACACCAACUUUGACGACCUGGAAACGUUCUACAUGAAGAUCAAGCUCCGCCACAACGAGACAGGUGAAUACCAGCAGAAGUACGAGCACUACCCCAACUUCUACAGAGCGGCCAACAUCAAGCACGGCUUCUGGACACAACCGCAGUUCGACUGUGAUGGCUACGUGAAAAAGUGGCUGGUGACCUAUGCGGUGCCCUUCUUUGGCUGGGACAGCCUCAAAGUCAAGCUGGAAUUCAAGGGAGUGGUAGCCGUCUCCAUGGACAUGUUGCAGUUGGACAUUAAUCAGUGCCCGGACUGGUACUACGAGCCGAAUGCGUUCAAGGAUACGCACAAGUGCGACGAGCAGUCUUCAUACUGCGUUCCCAUUAUGGGCCGAGGCUAUGAAACCGGAGGCUACAAGUGCGAGUGCCUGCAGGGCUAUGAGUAUCCGUUCGAGGAUCUGAUCACCUACUACGAUGGCCAGCUGGUGGAGGCCGAAUACCAGAACAUUGUGGCCGAUAAGGAGACGCGCUACGAUAUGUUCAAGUGCCGCUUGGCCGGCGCUUCCGGCCUGCAAUCCGCUUUGGGACUUGUGGUCUCACUGUUCGGCCUCACGCUCACCCUGCUGUACAGAUUUAGUUAAGCAACCGCACGCCAAAUAACUAACGACAACUUCCGUCCAAACGAAACUCACAUCAAAUCUCUCCACAAAGGACAUAACUACAAAGCAACACAGACACAAAAUUGACACCCAAAAACAAAACGAGCUGCCAAGCCCGCCCAGCUCUCCUUCGUCCGUUCCCUUUGAACAUUGUCAUCAUUUAUCUGCAAGGCGAUUAAGUUGUAGACAUAAUCUAUUACAAUGAAUCUGGUUAUUUGUCAUUUCUAUCAAAAGCGGCAGGAGCAGGAGCAGCAGCCAGAGCUGAAGCAGAAGCAGAAAAAACGACAUCGACGGCAGAAAAGCGCAAACAGCCGCGCCUACUGCUCUCAGAUUACGGAAACGCAAACGAAAACGGAGUUGCCGUUUUUUGCUCCUUCAGAGCUCAGAGAUCCUCUCUAAUGUCCGUGAAGUCGCACAGCUGUGUGCAUGUGUGUAAGUGCCGAUCGCAAACCUGUUAACAUCGGAACCCAGUAGGCCCCGUACCUACACCCAUCGGCGAGGUCCAGGUCCAACCUGGGGGUUGUUUCUUCAGCUAUACGCACACCUUUUUUUCCAUUCCUUCCAACGGAUGGCACAAAAAAUCCAACGCCUGCCGUGCUGUUUUUCUUAUAUUAAAUCGUCGAUGGUCCGUUUUUUGUGCUGCCUGAAUUAAAUAUAUAUGCUGCCGAGAUGCUGCUGCCGCGGUGGCGUUUUUUCCGCUUUUUGUUUUUUGCUCCUUGAUUAUCAUAUGCGCUUGAAUUUUUAUUAUCUGUACCCUGAGAACUUUUUCUAUGCGCCGCCGGAACCAGUUUAACAGCCACUUGGUCUCCUACCAGGCCAAAAAAAUAGCCAGCGCUUUUUCAUUAAAAAAAAAAACUUUAUAGCCAUAGGUAGCUGGACAGGGGCACAAAAAAUCUUUUUCACACAUUUUUCAUAGUCAUUUCAGGGCAUCAGGAGCUCACCGGUGGGCAGUAACUUUCGUAGCAUACGGGCAACUCCUCCAUUUCCCUUUCCAAGGAUCCAAAAAAGGACCUUUCCUCCAUCCGUCUGCCCGAACACGUUCGAGUGGCUGGCCGUGUCCGGUUUUGGUUGUGUUUCUGGGUGUCGCUUGAGGUGUCGCAUUUACAUUCCGCAACCAAUUUGUAGAUCAGUACAAAACUUAAGCAAUCUAAAGUGUAAAUUGUGCCUUACAACUGGACUCUGUUUAUGCUCGAAUAUUUGUAAUACCAUAGACUACGACCAUAUCAUACAUCCGUCCAAUGAAGCAGUCUACUCUUUGUAUUAUGUACCUUAAUAUUAAGUGCCUUGCGAGCAGUCACAGAAAUUUUACAUUCUUUUUUAGCAUAAUGUAUAGAAUUUUAAGUGCCUUACAACAACCCAACAAAAGAAUAUUAUAUACAACCCCACAAGACAAUGUCGUUUAAAUACAUGUAUGAUUUUGUAGUAAAAGAGAGCAGGACUUACCAAA